UAGCAGCCCUUUGCGUUAUGCAACAGUGUGGCUUGGAGGCUGGUCUUCUCUCUUUCCACCCCCCCCAACCUUACCGCUUGCAAGGAGCUCUUUUUUCAUCCUCCUCUGCCAACCUCGUGUCCCCCCACCGCACACUACCACCCCCCCACACACCUCCGCACGGCUUCUGAACUUUCGUCCGAGAGAGCUGGCGAUUUCGGGAGAGGAGCCGAGAGUUUGAAAGGCUCGCGCACACGGGGGGAAGAAAAGAGCGGUAUGCCUUUUGCUCGAGAUGUUGGAGAAAGACCCGCGAGCCGCGAGGGCCAGCCGGCGAAUUGGGAAACCGGCCAGGCCGUGUCACGCCAAGGGAGGCGCCUUCCGAUGUCCCCUUUUGGAUGUGGCGCUAGCUCGUCAGGCAGGUGAAUUGGUUUGAGCGGCAGCAGGGCUUCGCUUUUCCUGCUCCUCCCCCUCCCCCUCCAAGUUUUCCUUUUAAGAUAACCUUUUCUCUCGCUUCGCUGCAUGGAGACACGGCGCGGUGGGAGCUUCUCCCGGAAGUAAUGGAUCCCAAUAACCCGUCGGACCAAGAGGACGACUCUCGGGAGUCCCCACCAGAGAGGACAGGGCAGCGGUGUGGUCUGCCCAGCGGGGGGGCAGAGAAGAACCCCAGCAUGGAGCCGGCUGCCACGACACCGUUUCGUGUCACGGGGUUCCUGAGCCGGCGCCUUAAAGGCUCCAUCAAAAGGACAAAGAGCCAACCCAAGCUCGACAGGAACAGCAGCUUCCGGCACAUUCUACCUGGCUUCAAGAACGUGGACAAUGAAAGAUCCCAUCUAAUGCCCAGGCUGAAGGAAUCUCGCUCCCACGAGUCACUGCUCAGUCCAAGUAGCGCUGUGGAGGCCCUGGAUCUCAGCAUGGAGGAAGAAGUGGUCAUUAAGCCUGUUCAUAGCAGCAUCCUGGGGGCAGGAUUUCUGCUUCGAGGAUUUCUGCCUGCUCUUUCCACCCACAAGCUCGCCCUGACUUAUGAGGACACAGCAGCCACUAGCCUUCCCUCCCAUCCCGGCCUCCUGCUGCCCCCUGCCACCUCCAGAGAUCCCAUCUAA